ACAUAAUAAGUCUACUAUCGAUCAUUUUUUUGAUUGUACUAAUGAUUGAAUUUGUACUUGGAAAUUUUGCCAAUGGCUUCAUAGCCCUUGUGAACUUCAUUGACAGGGUCAAGAGACAAAAGAUACCCUCAGCUGAUCUAAUUCUUACUGCUCUGUCAGUGUCCAGAGUUGAUUUGCUCUGGGUAAUGUUAAUAAGUUGUUCUGCAACUGUGUUUAAUCCAGCUUUAUAUAGUAUAGAAGUAAGAAUUACUUUGCAUGCUGCCUGGAUAGUAACCAACCAUUUUCGCGUGUGGCUUGCUACUAGCCUCAGCAUGCUUUAUUUGCUCAAGAUUGCCAGUUUCUCCAACCUUAUUUUUCUUUACCUAAAGAAAAGAGUUAAGAGUGUUGUUCUGGUCGUACAGCUGGGGACUUUGGUGUUUUUGGUUUGUCAUCUUGUUGUGGCAAACAGAGAUGAGAGUGUGUGGAUAAAACAAUAUGAAGAAAACGCGACUUGGAAGAUCCAGUGGUGGAACAUUGCACACCGUUUGAAUAUGAUUUCAUUCACGCUAGCAAACUCCACACAAUUCACAAUAUCCCUUAUGUGUUUUCUGCUGUUAAUCGGUUCCCUGUGUAAACAUCUCAAGAAGAUGCAGCUCCAUGGUGAAGGAUCCCAAGAUCCCAGCACCCAGGUCCACAUAAAAGCUUUGCAAACUGUGAUCUCCUUUCUAUUGUUAUUUGCCAUUUACUUUCUGUCUGUAACUGUAGCAGUU